AUGCUGGCUCCGUCCGUCCACCCGCUCCUCUGGCUGUUUGGCUGUGUGCUGCUCAGAGGUACUAUAGCCUCCACAAACUCCUCUGUCCACGCUGUAACAGGUCAAUCCCAAUCAACACCACACAGCCCUGAAGUGAAGAACCACACCUCAGAGCCUUCAGUAAAAUCAACACCACCAGCUGACUUGAAUUUCACCUCUGAGACUCAAACUACCAUAGCCACAUUCUCUUCCAUGGCCACAACACUGCCAGCAUCCACUGUACAAGAUGAAAAGUCUAGUGGAAGCAGAAGCACAGCAGCUUCACCAUCUCAAGGUCAAGAGUCCACAAGAAGUGAGACUGCCAGCCCACAAACAACUCAAGGGGCUUUCUCCCUUCUGGCCCAGAGAGGCACCUCAGAGCUAGUCACCCCGAAACCAGAGACCUCUGGCUACUUGCCUGUGCCCACUCCCACAGAUGACAAAUCACCACUGACAGUGGCAGCUUUUGGUGUCAUCAGCUUCAUAGUUAUCCUGAUAGUGGUUGUCAUCAUUCUGGUCAGCGUGGUCAGCCUGAGGUUCAAGUGUAAUCGCUCCAAGGACUCAGAAGACAAACAGAAACCAGGGACCUCCAUGGUGUCGGAGAGCUGCUCAGCAGGCACAAGCCAGAAGGACAACAGCAUCACUCUGAUCUCCAUGAAGAACAUCAACAUGAACAACAGCAUGAGUUACCCACCGUCAGAAAAGGUGAUGGUGGAGCACAUUCCCACCAGUACUCUCAGAUCCACUCUGCACAAGUGCUUUGAAGCCAAGGACCCCGAGCUUGAAGCUAAGCAUGACAACAAGCAGUGA